CAGGAUAAAUAAAAACAGCCCCGCUCCCCCUUGACCCAGAAUUCUACCCUCUCUUGACUUGUUUCAACUGUUUCUUCCCUUUCAGGUUUCCCAUCCCUCUCAGAAAACCAAAUUUGGGUUUCUUUUUCCCUGAAGGUGAACGAAGAUGGCAGGAAAAGGUGGAAAGGGGCUUUUGGCAGCGAAAACAACAGCCGCUAACAAGGACAAGGACAAGGAUAAGGACAAGAAGCGUCCGGUUUCUCGUUCAUCUCGUGCUGGUAUUCAGUUUCCAGUGGGUCGUAUCCACCGUCAUCUCAAGUCUAGGACUUCUGCAAAUGGGAGAGUUGGGGCCACUGCUGCUGUUUACUUGGCUUCUAUCCUUGAAUACCUGACUGCUGAGGUUCUUGAGUUGGCUGGAAAUGCGAGCAAGGAUCUGAAAGUGAAGAGAAUCACUCCAAGGCAUCUGCAGCUGGCUAUUAGAGGGGAUGAGGAGCUUGACACCCUUAUCAAGGGUACCAUUGCUGGAGGUGGUGUCAUCCCUCACAUUCACAAGUCCCUAAUCAACAAAACUACCAAGGAUUAGUUAUGUCUGAUUUCAAAUAGAUGUUGACCUUUGAGUACUUUUAUGAUCUGUUAUGUGACUUGGUUUUAUUGUAGGCUUUGUUUAAUCUGUCUAGUAGAUCUGGUCAGUAUAUAUGCUGUAACUCUCUAGGCUUGUUCCUUUGAACUUGGGAUCCUUGUUUAGAGUAGGAAUGAUGUUUGUUGGAUAGUUUUAACUGUGGUUUCCCUAGAUAUUUUAUCCGAUUCUGGCUGUGAAGUUUAGUGUCUGCAUUUGACAUGAUUGUGAAAUUGUUUUCUGUUUACUUGUAAUGAUGCAACCUUUGCUCUUAUGCUUAGUUGCUUGAGCUGUUUUCAA